AUGGCCUCCGAAAACCAGUCUCAAAAUAUUCUUCCCCUGGAGUCAUUCAGUCUUACAGCCUCUCCCGCAAGUACGCAUAACAUCGUAUGGUCCCCUGAUGCCGAAUUGGCCAUCGGGUGCGAUGAUUGUGUCUUCCUUUUCGUUCCGGAAUACUCCAUUCCUAGAGGUACCAACGGCGUGAGUAACGGAGUAGUUCGACAGUACAAUGAGACGGCUCUUAGGUUUCCCACUGUCGAGCAUAGAAGCCCGGAGUUAAAUCGACCCAUAUUCAAUCUUGUAAGACAGAAAUUUCCCGACUUUGAGUACACUCCUGGCGGUGGUGGUUCGGGUACCGUAGCAAGUCAAGGCAGUUCCAUGAACCACCUCGUCGCGUUGGAAUGGUCGCCAUGUGGUUUGGGCCGGAUGAAUCGUUCCGUCCUUGCCGUACUUACCGGCACCGGCGCCAUCACCAUCUAUUGUGAAGGUGCAUCAGAUAAUAUGAAUGCAUUCAAACUCCGUGGCCGCAAUGCUAGAACCUUGAGACCAUGGGUUGCCGCUUGGGGCGUAGGGGCAGGCUUGCUUCUACCACUUGCCAAAGGGCAUGAAGUAGAGUACACCAAAGAGUAUAUCACUUCCUUCGCCUGGGCAAGAGAUAUAGAGAGCCAUGGAGCAUUGUUGGCAUACGCGAAUGAUGAUGACGAAGUCGUCAUCAUCUCAGUCCAGGCCAAACACGACUCUAGUGCGCCCCCGGGAGAUUGUGGGCGAUGGAGAGUCGAAGAAGUCGCAAGGUUCGUAGCCGAAGGGCCUCACCCAAAAACUAACCCUAUCGAUCCAGACUAUUCACCCUCUGGCUCAUCAUUUUCACUCAGCUGGGGGCCGUGGCUGAAAAGGGGCAAUACAAAAACAAGCAUACUAUCAUAUGUAGCCAAAAACUACGUUGGAUUCAGGCAGGUUACUAUUCGCUCGCCCCAUGAGAAUAUGAAGUCGCCAAAUGUGGAAGUCGGUAAAGUCGAUUCUAACGGGGUUUGCCAUUAUCUAUCCACCGACGCAUUUGUGGUAUGGGAAGAUCUAAUAUGGACUAUUGGAGAAUCGAAAAUCUGCCGCGGUAUCAUUGCUACGCCUUCACAAGCGAAAACUUUCCAAAUACCAUUUGACAGCAGCCAAUCUAGUCGGAUCACUAAACACACCACGGACGAGUGCAAGACUACAUAUCCAGACUCAGAAAGCGAGAGCCUAUCACAGAACCCGAUUACCGGACUUAUCAUCCAUCCCCCUUCUCUUUCUCAGACUACUGCGAUGCCUUCGUACUCACUUGUCCGGCUCUCAGCUACUCACGAGAAUGAUGCCUGGUAUCAGACCAACCUACCACUGCCUCCAAACCCCGAGGAUGGAACUAUUGGGCCGCGAUGGGCUACUGAGAUUAACCAGACUAUUGAGCAUCAGCUCCCGCGAGCUAUGGCGUACAAGCCUAUCGUCGAGCACGGCAAUGCCGCGUCCGAAGACGAUUCAGCUGAUGAAGAAGAAAUGGAUGUCGAUUCGGCAGAUGGAUCUGACUACGACCCUGAAGAGAACUUUGCCGAUUUGGAUACCGAGGAUCAAGUCCAUAUCAACCGGGUUCGUAUUUGGGGAAUUACGGCCAGUCCGGGUGGAGGAGUCACCGCCGUUUUUACCAGCCAAUAUAGUACUGUCUGGCCUGGAAGAGAUACGUACGCGGGAGUAAAGUGCCGUAUCCUUUUCGGCCGAUAUGACCGCAGUAUAGACCGAAACCAAGGAGCGGAUACGGCUCUAGCUAUGAAAAACCUGAGCACCGAAGCGAGGAUGUGGGAAUGGAUGUAUGGCGGAGGUCCCUCGGUGACGGGAGCCGUCGGUUUAAUGGCACAGCAUAGCGAAGAACAGGUUGCGCUGAAGGACCACUUCGCAAUGAUUGGCCGCAAGCAAGCCUGCUCCUUCUGUAACCUACCCCUGGAGCCGAUGGGCAAGGUGUCGCGCUGUGGAAACAAGCACGUCUUUGCCACAUGCGCGACCACCGGACUGCCAAUACUAGCACCCGGUAUAUCGCGAACCUGCGGCGUGUGCGGCUCCAAGUGCCUCAAGCGAGAGGAUCUCGUCAGUAUGGCUCCUCAGCUCAGAGAAAUCAUUAUGGAUGAGAUAUCUGCUGAGAUGUGUGGUAGUUGUGGUGGGAAAUUCAUCAACUGA